UGACUGUUUUCAGAAUGAUGUGUCUUGCAUUUGGAAGCACCAUCAGUCCUGGGAUAACAGAGGAAAGGCUUGGCUUGUGUGGGUUUACUCACAUCAUGAGGGCUUUUUAAAUUUCUUCUUUUUACCCUUUUUGCCCUGCAUGGAAGACCAUCAGGAACAAGUGACAACAGAGGAUUUUCUUUUGUUCCUGCCUCAGCUCUGGCCCAAAAUGGAGCUGUGGGGGGUGUGUGUCUGUAAGCAAUCCUUGAGAAGGCAGGUGUGCAGUCAGAAAUCAUAUAAACCUGUACAGCCUGGGCUGUUGCAAAAUGAGGUCAGAAAAUUUGAAGAUUUUAUUUAGAAAGGAAACAGACUAAAGCCAGGAGUGCUCAGGAGAUCACCUGUAGCCUCAGACUGCAUCAGGAGCAUCUCACCUGUGCAUCCACUGGCUAUUCACCUAUGCCCUGGGGCAGAUGUCCGCAGUUUCACCACUUCCCUCUUUGUUUUCCUCCCUUCAGAGCGAGCUGGACAUGAUGGACCACCUUGCAAACACGGAGAUCAACAGCCAGCGCAUCGCUGCAGUGGAAAACUGCUUUGGGGCUUCUGGGCAGCCCCUAGCCUUGCCGGGCAGAGUGCUCCUGGGAGAAGGGAUUUUAACCAAGGAAUGCCGCAAGAAGCCAAAGCCUCGCAUAUUUUUCCUUUUCAACGACAUCCUGGUCUACGGCAGCAUCAUCAUCAACAAAAGGAAGUACAACUCCCAGCACAUCAUCCCCCUUGAAGACGUCACUCUGGAGACGCUGCCAGACACCCUGCAGAUGAAGAACCGCUGGAUGAUUAAAACCUCCAAGAAGUCCUUUGUGGUGUCCGCAGCCUCCCUGACGGAGAGGAAGGAGUGGAUCAGCCACCUGGAGGAGUGCAUCAAGCACCUGCUGAGCAAGACGGGCCGGCAGCCCUGCAGGGAGCCCGCGGCUCCCUGGAUCCCAGACAAGGCCACGGACAUCUGCAUGCGCUGCACGCACACCAAGUUCUCCACGCUCACCCGCAGGCACCACUGCCGCAAGUGUGCCACAGCUCCACAUGUCUUUACAGAAAAAGAAGGCACACCUGCACUUUUUCCUACCUACAAACUUGUCUUAUGA